AUGGGUGACGAAAAUAGCGACUUUGGUUUUGCACUUUUGCAAGAGUUACACAAGAAUCAAAUUGUAAAAAAGGAGGACGUUUUAAUUUUGUUUGUUCACUGGUAUUUUACAAAACUUGGAUUCAGAUGUCUCGGAAUCGGCAGAUUCGAAGAAUUUGAACCAUCAGAAAAAGGAUCACAGUUACUUCCAGAAGGAUGGAGUGCAAAACAAAUAUAUGAACUGCGUUACAUAAAGGACAAGGACUUAUAUAUACUUUUAGGUUUGAGAACUAAUGAUGAUGAAGAUUUACUUAUAAAUUUAUGGAAGAACCAACAGACAUCCAGUAUACAAGUUCCAAUUAAUCAAACUGUAACUUCUCUUCAUGCACCAUUAGAAUCUUUAAUACCUUCAUACCAAAAUAUUAUACAGACAAUUCAAAAAGAUCUUAUUAAUCCACAUCUCCCUGAUAAUGCCACAGGUACCACAGAACAAUCUACUCAAACAACAGGACAUUUUAGUAGAGAUACAAGUGAUUCAACAUCAUCAGUUGAUUCAUUAUUAUGGGGUCAGAGAAGACACAGGCCACCUGCACGGGGCAGUGUCGGCGUAGGACGGGCAGAUUUGGAUCCGUUCAGUCCCGGUGGUGGUAUGAUUUUCGAUCCAUUUGAUCCGUUACGCCAUCCGGUAAAUCCAAGAAGAGGUUUAGUUCCAGGUGGAAUAUUACCACCGGGAGCGAUUCCACCUUCUGCAAGAUUCGAUCCAUUGGGCCCGCCAGACAUUGACCACCCAAGGCAUCUUCGUGAUCCAGAUAAUAAUGACAUGUUUAUGUAA